AUGGCUAGUGCUGAACUCAGGAGGGAUGUGUCUCAUACCAGUGUUACUGCCCUGCCAUCCAAAGGCCUGGAGCACCUGAAGGAACUGAUAGCAAGAAACACUUGGACUCUUACGAAACUUCCACUUUCCUUGAGUUUCCUUCACCUCACACGGGCUGACCUUUCUUAUCCAAGCCACUGCUGUGCUUUUAAGAAUCAGAAGAAAAUCAGAGGAAUCCUUGAGUCCUUGAUGUGUAAUGACAGCAGUAUCCGAAGCAUACGUCAGAGAAAAUCUGUGAAUGCCCUGAGUGUCCCUGUCUAUCAAGAAUAUGAAGAUCCAGGUGAUAACAGUGUUGGGUACAAGCAAAACUCCAAGUUCCAGAAUACCCAGAGCAACUCUCAUUAUUAUGUCUUCUUUGAAGAACAAGAGGAUGAGAUCAUUGGUUUUGGCCAGGAGCUCAAAAACCCCCAAGAAGAGACUCUACAGGCCUUUGACAGCCACUAUGACUACACUGUGUGUGGUGACAAUGAAGACAUGGUGUGUACCCCUAAGUCAGAUGAGUUCAACCCCUGUGAAGACAUCAUGGGCUACAAGUUCCUGAGAAUUGUGGUGUGGUUUGUUAGUUUGCUAGCACUCCUGGGUAAUGUCUUUGUCCUGUUAAUUCUCCUGACUAGCCACUAUAAACUGACGGUCCCACGCUUUCUUAUGUGCAACCUGGCCUUUGCAGAUUUCUGUAUGGGGAUAUACCUGCUCCUUAUUGCCUCCGUGGACCUCUAUACUCACUCUGAGUACUACAACCAUGCCAUAGAUUGGCAGACAGGCCCUGGGUGCAACACAGCUGGCUUUUUCACUGUCUUUGCCAGUGAAUUGUCAGUGUACACAUUGACAGUCAUCACCCUAGAGCGAUGGUAUGCCAUCACCUUUGCUAUGCGCCUAGACCGGAAGAUCCGCCUUAGGCACGCAUAUACUGUCAUGCUUGGGGGGUGGGUUUGCUGCUUCCUUCUUGCUCUGCUUCCUUUAGUGGGAAUAAGUAGCUAUGCCAAGGUCAGCAUCUGUCUGCCUAUGGACACUGAGACUCCUCUUGCUUUAGCAUAUAUUGUCCUUGUUCUGUUGCUCAAUGUCAUUGCCUUCAUCAUCGUCUGUUUCUGCUAUGUGAAGAUUUAUAUCACAGUCCGAAAUCCCCAAUACAACCCUCGGGACAAAGACACCAAAAUUGCCAAGAGGAUGGCAGUGUUGAUCUUCACCGACUUCAUGUGCAUGGCCCCAAUCUCAUUCUAUGCCCUGUCAGCACUUAUGAACAAGCCUCUCAUCACAGUUACCAACUCCAAGAUCUUGCUGGUUCUCUUCUAUCCACUCAACUCCUGUGCCAAUCCAUUCCUCUAUGCUAUUUUCACCAAAGCCUUCCAAAGGGAUGUGUUCAUCUUGCUCAGCAGGUUUGGCAUCUGUAAACACCAGGCUCAGGCAUUCCAGGGCCAGAGAGUUCGUCCAAAGAACAGCACUGGUAUUCAACUCCAAAAGGCUAGCGGGGACAUGAGGCAGAGUCUUCCCAACAUGCAAGAUGUCUAUGAACUACUUGAAAACCCUCACCUAACUCCAAAUAAUCAAGGCCAAAUCUCAGAAGAGCAAACAGCUUUGUAAGUUGGCCCUGCACUGUUCCCCUAAUGAUAGGGGGACUUUCAAAACAGCUCGUUUCUUGAAAAUGCAUUCCAGUUCCGUGACACAUGAACACACAGCUGACAUAACCC